UAUGGUAAAGUACAGAACAGUCAGAAGUUGCAGCUGCAAAACCACUUCAGUACAGGAUGGCUGUCAAAAUUAAGAUUGCUCAUGCUUUGGCAAAUAUAGGGAGAUUCAUAUUCAACAAGAAGACAAAAGAAGUUCUCGGAAGGACAUGGCAAAGUUGGGCAAAGUUGACAAGCUUCUUCCUCACACUCUACACUAUAUUGGGUGGGAUCUUUGCAGUGCAUUUAGCAGUGUUUGUGGCACUGACACCUACACCAGGAUAUGAUACAACGCCUUGGAACUAUGGCCUAUAUGGAUACCCCAACUACCCAAACAUUAAGAUCGUUCUGGUCUCCCAUCCAAAAAUAUUCACCUACAGACGCACAGAUAAUGAAUCGGUACUCUCCCAAAUAGAUAGCCUUUACAUUCAUCAACACCUUCUCCCAAGUGCCAAUGCAUCUGGAGUCAGUAGCGAGUGCUUGGACGAGGCUAGUCAACAUGGCUACAAUAUUGAACGACCAUGCAUCUUUAUUCACGUGCUAAAGGUGUACAACUGGAUUCCAGAGAAUUUUAUAAACGAAACCAUUGAUACUAUGCUUGUGAGAUGCACCUUCACAUCUUCAAACCUGGACCUCAACGUUACUUCAACCAUGGGCGGAAUACCAUUGAACAUCCCCAACGAAGGCUCCAGGAGUUUCCCAUUCAAAGGACAGAGUGACUAUAAAAUACCAUUAAUGGCCAUCCAACUGAACUUCACGGGAGGUGUACCAAGCCAGACUCCCUCUGCAGCGUACCAAGGCACUGUAACGUGUUCUGUGGACCUGGAAGGCAUGGGACUCUCUGUACCUACCGCAGAAAUCCUCUCAAGGCAUUACGAUAUACCAGAGGACAGCACCACUAAAAUAAUGUUUGUUUAAGUUGUUAGGCUAUUCACAAACAAUACACAGUGCAUUGCAUUAUGAUUAUUAUGAAACCACAAA